CAAACAAACAGCUUGAAUCAGCACAACCGCUUCGAACGCGUACAACGCGAGGGCCAGAGACGAGAGAAUUUCAGUGAGAAGAAGCCAGCCUCGACCCUCAGAGCCGACACGAACCGCGAUGGCGACCGCGGCGCCGUCCCGCCUGACGGCCUCGGAAUUUCGCAAAAUCGACCUGCAGUCCCCCAGCGACCUCGCGUAUCUGCAGGCGCAGACGCAGCGCGCCGCGCGGGAGAAGAUCGACGCCGCGUUCCCACCGUCUGCGGCGCCCACGGACGGAGAGGACGACGGGAUGAGGAGGCGGGUGGAGGAGCUGGUGCAAGCGUUCGUGGAGAAGACGUGGGAAGGCGUGCGGUGGAACGUGACGUGCAACGGCGUCGACAUGGACGCGGAGAACAGCAAGGAGGCGACGGAUGAGUUCGAACCGCUCGAUGUGAAGUUGGCGGAGAAGAUACGCACGCUCGAGGUGGAGAAGGAAAGGCUGACGCUCAAGGUCACCGGCCUGCGAAGGGACGCGCCCGCGAAAGCGGCGGAGAACGUGAAGGCGCGGUGGACGGCCGAGGAAGAGUCGUUCGAGGCGGCCUUGGACGGCGCGAGGGAAAAGGAUGGCGAGGAAGGCGUGGAAUUGGACGUGGGUGGCUUCAAAAGGUGGGAUGAAGUACAGGCGGCGUAUGGGCAGAGCAUCGAUGCGCUUGUGAGGCUGAGAACGGAACUUACAGAGUCGGUUGCAAAACUGCAAAGAGCGAGGGGCGUGGCUGCGUACGUCGAAGAACAGAGGCUGAGAUCAUGAUGUCGUACUUGAUCGAAUUCCAAACGCUUAUUAACUGCACUCACUCUAUGUGGCGUUGGUAGGGUUGGAGCAGGCUCUUUUGACGGUCAGAUAUACCCAGCAUUUCAAAUCAUCAACGAGCAAGGAAUCCGAAGCCGGGAAAUAUUUUGCACUUCUCAUGUACCAGACUUGAUUUAUUCUUGCAUUUCAUCCACUCUGCGAAUCAAAUCACCCUUCGAAGUAACCAGAUAUCUUAACAUUGACAUACUCGAAGCGUUGUGGCAGAUCCAACAACACCAGACGUUAAUACGUUAUGACCAUUAAUUUUGAACGCAGAAUAGUUAGAGGGGU